AUGGCACAGGCGACUGCCGGCAAGGGCCAACAGCAACCCUCGGGCCAACCGCAGAGAGGCCAAGCGGCAGGCGUCACCGUCCAACAAGUGAUGUCCGGCAAAUCAGGAACGCCGGGCGGGCAAGCCCAGCCAGUGUCGCCCCGAGGAGGAGGGCUGACUGCGCAGCAGGCCAUGGCUGGCGGGAAGGCAGCGGCCAACCCGCCUGCUGGUGCUGGCGGUGGGGUCACGGUGCAGCAGGCCAUGGGCGGCAAGCAAGGGGCGAACCCCGCCACCUCCCCGCGCGGGGCGAUGUCCAUGGAGCAAGCGGUGGCGGGGAAGGGGGCCAAGGGCGGUGUGGCUCAACCGGCUGCGGAAGGAGGCUACAAGACUCUCGAGCAGGCUGCGUCCAAAAAGGGCCAAGGAGCGGUGUCCCCAAGAUCACAAAACCAGCCAACUCUCAAGCGCGAGAAAUCCGAGGUGGACGAGAUCAGCGAGAACUUCUGGGAGGUGCCCAAGGAGAGCUUACAGCUCGUAUCCACCGUGGCCCUGGGCACCUACGGGCCCGUGUGGCGCGGCAAGGCCUGGGACAUCAGCGGACGGGACGGGAUGACGCUGGUGGCCGUCAAGGAGCUGAAGCAGCCCACCAGCAACGUGGCCAAGAUGGCGUUUAUGAAGGAACUGGAGGUGAUGAAGUCACUUCAGAAGCACCCGUAUGUGGUCAACUUACUCGGUUGCUGUACCUACUAUGAUCCUGCGAGCAUGGUUUUUGAGUACGCUCCACAUGGCAGUCUACUGGAUCAUUUGAGGAAGAACCGCCCACAAUCGCCCAGUGGCAAAACACCGACAUCCGGGGAACUGGUGACCUUUGCCAUGCAGGUUGCUAAGGGCAUGGCGUACUUGAGCAGGCAGAAGAUUGUUCACGGUGAUCUUACCACGAGGAACAUUUUGCUGGGGCAGAGGAUGGUGUGCAAGGUGUCCAAUGCUGCCCGAGUCCGUAAUGUCGUGGAAAAUGUCGCCGAGGGUCGCCUAGGUAUUCGUUGGAUGAGCCCGGAGUCCAUCUGCGCAAGCGUGUACACGACCAUGAGCGAUAUCUGGUCAUUUGGCAUAUUGAUGUGGGAGAUUGUCACAUAUGGUUCAACUCCUUAUCCUGGAAUGUCAGCCCGCGAGGUCAGUAACAGGCUGAAAGUCGGCUACCGCAUGGAGAGACCCGAACACUGCUCCCCGGAACUGUACUCUGUGAUGCAAGCGUGCUGGGACGAUAAUCCCAAGAAGCGGCCCUCGUUCCGAACUCUCAGCCUCGACUUGGAGAAACUGCUGACCAGUGGCAAGACGGAUCACGUGGACGCUUCAAAGUACGACAAGACGAAAUAUAAAGAUCUCGACGACCAUCGACCUCAUACGCCGGGCACUGUGAAAUAACUGAACCAAGUCAGAACAGUCAAGAGUUAUUGCAGAAUAUGUAAAUAUACAAGAACGACUUGAAAUCAGGUUACAAUGAAAGACUGAGUAAUGACAGUUAAAAAUCGACAAAGUAGUCAGAGUACUGAUUACGAGCUUGUUAAAAUAAAACGCUUGCCUCGAUGGGAUUCGAACCAGCGACCUCCAGCUUACGCAUCCGUCUUACCACUCAACCGUCGAGGUCGGGUCGUGGGUUCGAAUCGAUACGGCAGUUGGCCCCACAGUAUAACAGCUCAAACAUUAAUUGAAUGUAGUCAGUUUCGUGUUAAUGUGACCGGACAAGGGCUAUUUUUUGUCAUCAUGGCCAAGCAUGUCACAUCGACCGUGAAAUUUUCUUGUCCUCUGACAUAACGAGCCUACGAUUAUCUUGUCAAAAUCUUGUCGCUAUGACAAGCGGUACAUGUACUUCUGCUGACUAGAUUCAGAAAAGUUCUUGUCAGUGUGACCCCAAGCCACUAACCGAAUAUUAUCAGAGUACGGUGAGGCUUGAGCUUUCAGCCUCAAUCUCAUAUGAAACCAAUUUUGAAGUAUUUUCCUUCACUUGAAAAACAGUGUAACAGUUUAGAACUAUUUCUGGACUUUUAGAUACAUGGAGCUAAACCUGAGAUACAGCCUAGAUUUGGAAUAUGCCUAUUAUAAAGAUUGUUUGCUAAUAAGGGACAAAUCACACAUAGCCCCCUCUUGAGUUACUGGUGUGCAAAAGGCGAUAACCUUUGCUUACAGCCUGAUGGAACUAAAUUUUCAAGCCUAAAAUCACAGGACAAAUAUCCCUUGAACGAAAAACAUGCAAGCUUAGGCAUACCAUUAGAAUUAAAUAAUUCGUUUGUAUUAAACUGAUUAACCAUCAAGCUCUUUUUUUAAUAAUUUGUAAUUUUUAUUUCUCAUAAUUGUAUAACUCUAUAGACCAUUAGCUAUUUAACUAAGAAUGAAAG